ACAGAGCCAAGGGCAGAGCUGACGCUGAGGAGUUCUCAGGAGCAUUUCGGCGAGCUUUGACGUCGCUGAGGACAUCUCUGAUAAAGCUGACCACGCUUCAGCCAGCGGCAAGAACUGUAAUGACUUACGUUGCAAAGAAGUGCGGCGUCUGCUUUCAGCCCCCCUCCAUUGUCCUGAUCUACAAAGAAGGCGGCAAGGAUAAGACUCGCCGGCGCAUCAUGCCUGUCAGAAAUUUCUCCAAGUUCUCAGACUGCAGCAUGGCUGCCGAGCAGCUGAAGAACAACCCUCGGCACCAGGCUUACCUAGAAGGAGUCUCACUGCGUCAGCUACGGAAGCUGUACGGUUUGCUGAAAGGUCAUUUGGGAGGAGAGAGCCUGGCCGAGAGCUUGGAAAAGUUUCGGCAGGAAGAGACCAUUGAUCCGGAAGAGGAUAUGAACAAACUAGAUGACAAGGAACUAGCCAAAAGGAAGAGCAUCAUGGAUGAGCUCUUCGAAAAGAACAGGAAGAAGAAGGAUGACCCAGAUUUCAUCUACGACAUUGAGGUUGAGUUUCCACAGGAUGAGCAGCUGGAGUCCUGUGGCUGGGACGUGGAGUCAGGUGAAGAAAUCUGAUUCCGGACAAAGAUGUCUUGGAUGGGCAGUUCGGAGACAAAUCUCGCAGUCCUAACAGAGAGAAUGAUGUCAGCGUACGUGUUCUACCGCAUCGUUUUCGGCUCACGCAAUUGAUGCACGUUACAGUGGCUACGGAGAACCCGAGGCUUAAGGUGCUACAGCAAUUCCAGGUUUAAGUGAGCUUUGUCGAAGAAGCCAGACUUGAUGAAAUGGAAAUUGGGCAGCUGAACUUAUUGGGUGGUUUUAGUCUUGUCCUAUGUAUGAGUGCCUAAAAUAAUUUUAAAUUAUUUAAUCUUUGCUUGUUUACGUUUCAGUCAGCUUUGACUGAAAACCUCACCAGCUUGCCUUGCUGUGAUUUCUGUUCAGCUUUGUCUGAAAACGACGCGUUAAAUAUUUAUGUCUUGAAAGCAAUGUUAAAGCUUUAUUGUAUAAGUAGGGUAUUUAUUAUUACUUGCUGGAAUGUUAAAUAUAUAUUAGUCUUUCUGGAUAAAUCAACAUUGCAUUGAGAAUUGUUACUCUCACGUUUCCUGAGCGAUGCUUAAAUCUCCAGCUUACACACAUAUAAAUCCUUAUAUUUAAGAAACGGACUAUCUAGAAAAUAAGUUAAUCUUGAAAGUACUUUUGAAAAUACAGUGAUUUCAAAUUGC